UUUUUUUUUUGUCUUUUUUUUUCAUACCGCUCACAUUCCCAACCCAUUGUCUUAUGAGACUCAAGCUAGCAUGUUGCCAAUUUGCGCCAACAUGGCGUGAGCCACAACGCAAUAUGGAGCUUGCCGACCUUUUGCUAAAACGAUAUACCCCCGGCGACAUGGAUGUGUUGGUUUUGCCCGAGAUGGCCUUUACAGGAUACUGCUUUAAAUCUGCAGAAGAUAUACAUCCUUUUGCGGAAGAUAGAACAAUGGGAAAAACAGUACAAUGGGCAGCAAAACAAGCAAUACGCCUCAAUGCGUUCGUGAUGGUUGGUUACCCUGAAGUCGUCUAUGAUGGUCCAGAUGAGCCCCCAGUAUACUAUAAUAGUGCGUGCUUGGUUGACAGACAAGGGAAUGUGGUGACAACAUAUCAAAAGACCUUUUUAUAUGAAGUGGACGAGGCCUGGGCUCAGGAAGGUCCUGGAUUCAAAUCCAUGUACAUUGAAGGUUUAGGACAGGUGGGACUUGGCAUUUGUAUGGAUCUCAACCCUUAUCAAUUCAAGACAAGUUUUCAUGACUACGAAUUUGCAAAGUUCCAUAUGGAGCAGAACACCGAACUUCUGCUAUGCUGUAUGGCAUGGGUAGGAAGCAAGAGUGAGGAUGAGGAAAAGCACUUAUCUACCAUAGAAUAUUGGGCAAUACGAAUGUCGCCUAUGCUUGACCGAAAACCUCUUACAAGGCAAGGUACUGUCUUCGUAGCCAGCAACCGGCAUGGGCUUGAAGAAGGUGUUACAUAUGCUGGUGCAAGUUGUGUCAUGCGCUUAGGUCCUCCACGACCUGUAUUACUGGAUUGUUUUGACAGCUCCGAUACAGGUGUUCUUAUUGUUGAGACUGAUGUUGGAAACGAACAAUAGCAUACCAUCAUCUCCUCCUGUACAUAGCUGAAAAUAACACUAUUGGAAGUUGUUCAUAUAAUAAGGAUAUUAUAGAUAGGGAUCUUGCUUCAUAAAGGCAUAUUGUUAAGAAAUGGU